AUGCGUCCCUUUCAAUCUCCUCAUGUGCUGCUGAUUGCGGCUGUGCUCUGGGUAUUACCUACCGCAGUCUUUGCUACCUCUUGGAAACCGACCAUCAUUCUUGUUCCCGGCUCUUUCCAUCGGUCAAUCGUCUAUAAUGAAGUGGUAUCUGGGUUGAGGCGGGCCCAAUUCAACAGAAUCUACCCAAUCGAUUUACCAUCCAACGGAAACGAUAUCCAUGAUCGCGAGCCAGACAUCAACGCAGUGCGAAAACCACUCGAGAGAGCACUAGCCGCGGGUCAGGAUGUUGUAUUGGUCGGUAACAGCUAUGGCGCCACUGUCAUUGGAGACGCACUUAAGGAUUUCAAAUCGGAUGCUGUAUCGGCGACAAGAGAUUCCAAACAAACUCGGGGUCGAGGGAAAGUACUUGGUGUUGUCAUGGUGAGCAGCCCUUGUUCAUCCACUUCUUUGUUCGUCUGGAAAAAGCACAUCAUCCCCAAUGCUAACCGAUUGGCCAUUCAGCUAGCUGGCUUCAUACCCUACAUCAGUGAGGUAGAACAUCCAGAGACCAAGCUUGACGCCCGUACUGUUGCUCCCCCUCUUUUCCGCUUUGACAAUAAUUCACGAGUGUGGUCUGAUGGUGACCCAAAUCUAUCCGCCGCCCAGGCCUUCUACAACCUUCUUCCUCCACAUGAGAGUCAGUACUGGGCCAGCAAACUGACCUUCGCGUCUUUCAAUGCGAUGAACGCGACAGCGAGAUAUAUUCCCUAUACAGGCGAUUUUAACUGUCUGUACGUCGUGGGUCUUCAAGAUAAGAGCAUUCCUGUCGCAUGGGCUCAGACAUUUUUUGGCCAACCUGGUGCAAGAUUCCAGGUCAUUAAUCUCGAUGCCGAUCAUGUCAUGAUGUUGAGUAAACCUACAGAGGUUGUCAACAUUAUUCGGCAAGUAGCCGGCUCUUAG